AAGAUAUACUAUGACAAUUCAAAACAUGGCUACCAUGUGAAAAAUAAAUUAGUCGCAUUACAGUUUGUAAACAAAUUUCUAUUUAGUUUUUACGAUAGUUUUGUUUCGUGUUAAUAGCGAAACUUAACAGCCGUAAAAAAAUAUAUUUCUUCAAUGAAAUUUAUACAAAGUUUCUGAGAAUUUCGGAAGUGAAAUAUUCGUGUUUUUAAAAGUUCCAGUUACAAUUUGAUGUCUAUUUAAUGAUCUAACGGAUUUCUGAAAAAUAAAAAUAUUUCUGUAUUUUAAUGUUCUUCGUGGUUGUGAGACAAUAUAUCUUUCAAAUGAAUAUUAAAUAAUGAUAUACAUCUAAUUAAACAUAUCGACAAAUAAACAAUUAUAUAUUCAGAAAUUAUUAUAUAAAUUUGUGCUAAAGUGUGUUAAUAACAGAAAGAAAAUUAUUCUUUGUUAAUAUCAUAAGUAAUAUGAAAAUAUGCAUUUAAAAAUAUAUUUUUAACCAAAUCUGUUUUUUAAAAAGAUUAUACAUGUUAAAAUAUUAAAUAAAAUAUUUAUGUAAUAAAGAUUCUAUGAAUAAUAGUGUAUUACAUUAUUUGUAAAUUGACCUCAAUGGAUUCCAUUGAAUUUGAUGCAAUUAUAAGACAUCCAAGAACUAUAAUUCAUAUAGAUGUUGAUUGUUUCUAUGCUCAAGUAGAGAUGCUAAGACAUCCAGAGCUAGAAAAUAAACCAUUAGGAGUACAACAAAAAAAUAUGGUAGUGACAAGCAAUUAUAUAGCACGAGAAUAUGGAAUUAAAAAAUGUAUGUCGGUACAAGAAGCUUUAAGGUUAUGCCCAGGGCUGGCCUUGGUAAAUGGUGAAGAUUUAACAAAUUAUCGUCACUUUUCUGCCAAAAUAUUGGAGAUAUUACAUCAGUUUACUCCAUUAGUUGAAAGACUAGGUUUUGAUGAUAACUUUAUGGAUGUAACAUCUAUUGUACAAAAAUAUAUGAAUUCUGGAAAUAAUUCAGAAUUAAAUAUAAAUAUUUCCAUGGAAGAUGAAAAUCCAGUUGGUGAAAUAUUUGGAGCUUCUGAAGAAGAAUGUCCUUGUGGUUGUCAUGCUCGAUUAAUUAUUGCUUCCAAAAUUGCAGCAGAAAUAAGAGAACGAAUUUAUAAAGAUUUGCAUGUUACAUGCAGUGCAGGAAUAGCACAUAAUAAACUUUUAGCAAAACUAGUAGGAUCAUUGCAUAAACCAAAUCAACAAACACUUAUAUUUCCAUGCAGUGCUCCUAUGUUAUUAUCUAAUAUAGGAUCUGUAUCUAAAAUACCAGGUGUAGGACAAAAGACUACACAAUUAUUAAUGUCUAAUAAUAUAAAGACAAUAGAUGAUUUACGCAAAACGUCUUUAGAAACCUUAGAAAUGAAAAUUGGCAUUGAUCUGGCAAGAAAAUUAAAAGAUAAUGCUGAAGGUAUUGAUGAAACUGUAGUAAAACCAACAGGGAAAAAACAAUCUAUAGGUUUAGAAGAUGGAUUCAAAAGUGUUUCAUUAGUAGCAGAAGUAGAAUCACGAUUAGGAGCACUUUUAAGAAGAUUAACAGAAUUAGCCAUGGAAGAUGGAAGAAUCCCAGUUGCUAUGAGAUUAACAGUUAGAAAGCAUGAUUUUAAUAAAUCAAGUUCGGGUAAAAGAGAAACUCGGCAAUGUGCUUUACCAAAACACUUACUGCCUUCUUCAAAAUCUGGUGUUUAUGAUCAUGCUAAAAUGUUGACAUUAGCAAUGAAAUUAUUUCAUCGUACUGUUGAUGUUUCUAAACCAUUCCAUUUAACUCUUCUAGGAGUUGCUUUCACAAAAUUCGAAGAAAGAUCUUCCGGAAAAAAUAGUAUUACGUCUUUUUUACGAAAACAAGUUGCAGUUCAGUCUGUUUUAGAUAUAAGCUCAGAAGAAGGUAUUUCCGAUAUUAAUCUCGGAUCGCCAAUGAGUGUGAAUCAAGAUAGUAAUGAUGGUUCUGCAAUGAGUACCACUUCAUCUCCAAUUUCGAAGUCAAUAGGUACUAACAAUCAGAAUACGGACGAUGAUUUAUUGAAUGAAAUAGAACCUUUACCAAAAAAAACAAGAUUGGAAGUAUGGUUAAGUGGACGCAGAGAAUCUCCAAGUAAUGAAAUGGCUGAUCUUCGCCUUAGUCCUUCAUCACCAAUGCAACUGUCUCCAAAAAUUGACGCAGCUGUUCUUAAAUCUUUACCCAUUGAUAUACAAAGAGAAGUGACCCGUUCUUGGCCGACAACUAGUAAACCAAAACCCAAUAAUAUACUUAAAUACUUUAUAGCCAAUAAGUGACGGAGUUUUAUAGCCUAGAAUAUAAUAUAGCCAUCAUUCUGUAUACACUUACACACCUACAAUAUUGGAUGGCAGCACCAUGUGAUAUUAUGAAUUUAAGUUACUAAAUAUUUUAAAUCAAUUUGCGAUUUUGGGUAUUAAUCUUCUGUAUACAUAUUUUCUACAACAUUUACAUUAAAUGAAUGUUAAUACAAAGUAACUUUAUCGUAUAUAAUUUUGGUUACUUCAUUAAUCAUCAUUUAAAAAAGACCUAAACUAGAUUUGCAUGAUUUGUUUAAAGCAUAUUUUUAUUUAUUUAUCUUUGAUCAAUUCAAACACAAUUGUUUGAUUAAAUUAGAGUAGACGGAUUUUUUAGUUCAAAUUUAAAAAAUAUUCUCAACAGUCAAAAAAAAAAUAUAAAAAUAUAAAUUGACUAUUAUUAAAAGUAUUCCUAUUCAAAUAGAAUUCUCUCUAAUUCUUAUUUUAAGUCAAAGGUAAAAAGCAUAAAGUAAGUUUUAUUUUCAUUUUCCAUGUGCAUAUGAUCUUUAAUUCUGGUAUGUUUUCAUAAAUAACGUUUAAUAUUAUUCAACUGAAUAAAAAUUAAGAUUAAGUAAGUUAAAUAUUUUUGUAUUAAAAAUUUAUUUAAUUCGUUACUUUUUUUUCUUUCUUUUUCCAUAUAAUUUCUUUUUAUUACGUCUUUAUGAGUAUUUCAACGGCAGAAAAGAAAAUUUUCAUUUAAAUUUUAAUAAUUUUUUGUGUGUGAUUUAUACAUUUUGAAAGGAAAUCCGUUUCAUUCAACGGGUGCUGGCAUUUAAUUUUGUAUGUAUUAGCUAUUAAAUUGUAAUUGUAUGAUUUUUUAUGUUUAAAACAAAAUGAAAUAAUGUUUAUAUUUUUACUAUACUAUCGAUGUUAUUCUAUAUGUAACGAAUGUUACAAAAGACAUGCCGUACAGAAAUACUCACUCACUCUUAAAAUACUAUUGGUAAGGAGCAUCAUUCGAAUGAGAAGGCACAAUUUAUAAUAUACAGUUACAUUCAGAAUAUUAGACAAUCAUAAGGUUUUAUUGGUUUGAUAUGGUACAAGGUCAAUAAUAUACGUUUAAACGAACACAAAUGAAACAAAAAGAAAAAAAAUAAGCCUAUGAUCCACGCUAUUUCAAAUAUUAUAUUACACAAGUUCACUUUUAAACGAUUUACCGAAAAAAUAAGCGUGCAUUAAAGCGUGGUCACUGGCAAGUGAUACUGUAAUAGUAGCUUUUGUAAAUGAUCAUACUUAUAUAAGGAUAUGGACAAUUUAUACAUAUAUAUAUGUAUAUAUGUAUGUAUAUACAUAUACUCUAUAUAUACAUAUAUAUGUAUAUAUAUAUAUAUAUACACAUGCAUACAUAUAUAUAUAUAUACAUAUAUAUAUAUGUAUAUAUAUACAUAAAGCUCGAAUAACAAAAUAAAGAAAUAUAUACGCGAUAAAAAUGAUUACUUAUGACCAAGCUUUUUUUUAUGUUUAUUUAUUUACUUAUAUGCACGGGAGAAGCGGUAUAGUUCUGAUUAUUAACUUCUGGUUGUGAAAUACAUGAAUAUUUUAUACAUAUAUGCAACGAGGAAUAUGAGCAGUUGCGAAAUUCACAUGUAUUUGUCAAUGUUGAAGUUCUAAUUAAUAAGAAUAAUACGCAAUAGUUUGCAUUUUUUAGAUAAUUCUCAAAUAAUUGAUAAUAUUCAAGAAUUAAAAACAGAGAAUAUAAAAUGAAAUUGAGUUUGAUUUUGUAUAAACAACAUUACAUCGACGGUUCAUAUUACCUCUAUUUCAUUUAAAUAAAGGAAGUUCAAAUUGUA